UAUUUGCCUUAUAACUCGUGUGCUUCUCGUAUGCCCAUCAGUGUAGGUAACGUGCCGCUAAGUGAACGAGCUCUGAAACUUUUACUUCUAUGCUGUUGCGAGUCAUAUUGCAGUGGUUUCAAGAGAAAAAACUUGGCCCUGUAGUCCAGAAGUUGAUAAGAAUGACAUCUGUUGAACUCAACAACCAAAACCAGGUACCGGUAGUAAAUAUUGAUAGUGAAGAAAAGUCAAAGUCAGCAAACUUGUAGAUGCUCCAAAAAGAAAGGUUGCGCUACUUCUUGCUUUUUGUGGAAAAAAUUACUAUGGUCUUCAGCUCAACCGUGGUGAUACAUCUCUACCCACAAUAGAAGGUGCAUUAUUUCAAGCAUUAGUUAAUGCCAAACUUGUUCCUGAAAUAUGCAUGGAAAAAUCACAACAAAUGAAAUAUUCGUCAUCAUCUCGCACUGAUAAACGAUUUUCAUUGAAUAGGGUGUUUCAACAUGUGGACUGGUUGUAUCUCUCAAGUUACGCAUGUGCGACAAUGCAAAGGACCUAAUAAAUCAACAUCUUCCACCUGAUAUAAGAGUAUUAGAUUUGAGAAAAGCUACCAGAAGUUUUCAUGCAAAAAGCUAUGUUGAUCAAAGGACAUAUUCGUACACAAUGCCUACAUUCGCUUUUGAUACCAAUGUUUCAACGGAUGAUAUUUCAACAUACCGAAUCGAUGAAGAAAAAUUGAAAAGUGUCAGAUCAUAUUUAUAUCGCUAUAAAGGAACACAUUCAUUUCAUAAUUUCACCUCUGGUAAAAGAAUGGGAGAAUCAAGCGCGAAGAGAUACAUACUCGAUUUUUGGGCAGAAACACCCUUUGUACAUGAAUCCGUGGAAUUUAUUACACUUAAAGUUAAGGGUCAAAGCUUCAUGAUUCAUCAAAUUAGGAAAAUGAUCGGUCUUGUUAUUGUCCUGGUCAGUGGCCGUGCCCCUGAACAGCAUUAUGUACGAGCAUUUUCAGAGCCUUUGGAAGAUAUACCCAAAGCUCCUGGAAUUGGUUUACUACUGGAGCAAGUUCAUUACGAUUCCUAUAAUAAAAAACAUGAUAAUAUGUUGAAUUGGAGUUCAGAAGAUGAGCAAAAAGAAUUCAUGAAAACACAUAUACUUCCAAUUAUUUUCAAAGAAGAACUAGAAAAUCAGUCGAUGUUGAAAUGGAUUGAAAGUUUGUCAAAUCAUGACUUCACCGGAGAAAAAGCAAAAGAACAGUGGAAUGAAUUUAUAUCACAAAAGCAGAAGAAAGAGAAGCACCUUAAUGGUAAUAAAUCACCAGUCACAGCAGCUGAUAAUACAAUUUUAUCGGAUGACAAAAACUCAUCUAAUAUUGACAAUGGUAGUGAUUCACCGCAGCCGGCCAAAAAGCAAAAAUUGGAUGAAGAGCAUACCACAUGAGCCUGGUACUGAACAGAAAUUUCUUCGAGAAUCAAUCAUUUUAUCUUAUCAAAUUCUUCUGUUGACCACCUCCAUUCAUCAACAGAUAACUGGUGUCUGUUAAUAUCCCAUCCCUUUUGUUGCAAUUCCUUACUGAAUUCUGUCCAGUUUAUUGCAUUCUCUGGCUUCAUAUGGUUUGAGAUUUUCCCAAUAUGUGCUUCAAAAUAUGCUUUUAUAA